AUGGACGCCUUAUCUUCCACCUUCGUCUUUCCAUUGUCCCACACAAAACCUCUUCCCUCUCCUAUCACCACCACCAAAACCUCUUUAUCACCGCCACCACGCCUCCCUCUUUUCACUGUUUCCUCCAUCAUUAAUGAAAUAUCCACUUCAAAGAACUAUAAACCAUCAACAUACCCUUCAAAACCCACUUCAAAACAAUCAACACCACUAGCUCCACAACCGGCAAGGCCAGUGAAGCGGUCCCUACCGGCGAUCAUCUUCAAAACAUUCGAUGACAUCAUAAACAACUUCAUAGACCCUCCACUCCGACCAUCGGUAGAUCCAAGAUAUGUACUCUCCGACAACUAUGCCCCCGUCGACGAACUCCCUCCGACGGAGUGUGAAGUGAUAUAUGGCUCCCUCCCAUCGUGCCUCGACGGUGCGUACAUUCGAAACGGCCCAAACCCUCAGUUCCUUCCUCGUGGACCCUACCAGCUCUUCGACGGCGAUGGAAUGCUUCACUCUAUCAAGAUUUCUCAAGGUCGGGCCAUUCUUUGUAGUCGUUACGUCAGGACCUACAAGUACGUAGGGGAGAGAGACGCCGGCUCUCCGGUGAUCCCAAGCCUCUUCUCCGGCUUCAAUGGCCUCACCGCCUCUGCGGGGCGUGUAGCAGUAACAGCAGCCAGAGUACUUGCCGGACAAUUCAACUUCGUCAACGGCAUUGGCGUUGCAAACAACAGCUUGGCUCUCUUCGGUGGCAGUCUCUACGCUCUCUGCGAACACGACCUCCCUUACUCCGUAAAAGUGGCCAGAGACGGCGAUGUCGUAACCUUAGGUCGCCAUGAUUUCGACGGCAAGCUUUUCAUGAGCAUGACAGCACACCCCAAGAUCGAUUCUGUCACCGGCGAGGCCUUCGCUUUACGAUACGACGCUAUGCCACCGUUCUUAACCUUUUUCCGAUUCAAUUCCGACGGGACAAAACAAGCCGACGUCCCAAUCUUCUCCAUGACACGUCCUUCGUUCCUUCACGACUCCGCCAUUUCAAAAAAGUACGCCAUAUUUGCCGACACACAAAUAGGAGUGAACCCAGUUGACAUGAUCCUCGGAGGUGGGUUUCCGCUUCGUUCAGACCUGACAAAAGUGCCUAGACUCGGAGUAAUCCCAAGAUAUGCUAAGGAUGAAUGA